AGUAUGGCUCAAUUGGUUGGAAAUGAUGAGAUAGAGCCACAAACAAUUGAGCUGGCUGAGAUAGAAGAAAGUUUGAGAUCAUCUUUCCGGUGCCAGACCUCUAGCUCCACUAAUAACUCAGGGUUGUCUUCUGGAAAGGAUACUGUUGAUGAUGAAUGUGCCUCACAGUGGGCUGAAAUAGAUAGACUGCCUACAUUUGAGAGGUUGAGAUCAUCUUUGUUCGAUGAAAAUAACGGAAACAAAGUUGGUAUUCAUGGGAAAAGGGUAAUAGACGUUACCAAGCUUGGUGCGCCAGAACGACACAUGUUUGUUGAAAAACUCAUCAAACAUGUUGAGGAUGACAACCUUCGGUUGCUACAGAAAAUGAGAAGAAGGAUCGAUAAAGUUGGUGUAGAAUUGCCGACAGUUGUAGUGAGAUAUAAGAAUUUGCGAGUGGAAGCAGAGUGUGAGGUGGUUCGGGGCAAGCCACUUCCAACUUUAUGGAAUUCACUCAAAAGACAUCUUCUUGACUGCACCAAGUUACUUGGUUUGAAGUCACAAGAGGCCAAGAUAAACAUCAUUGAUGAUUUCAAUGGUAUCAUUAAGCCUAGGAGGAUGACUUUGCUGCUUGGUCCACCAGGCUGUGGGAAAACUACUUUAUUGAAAGCACUUUCAGGAAAUCUAGACAAGUCUCUCAAGGUUGCAGGGGAAGUUUCUUACAAUGGACAGCAACUGGAAGAGAUAAUUCCCCAGAAAACUUCUGCUUAUAUAAGCCAAAAUGACCUACAUAUUCCUAAAAUGACUGUUAGGGAAACACUUGAUUUUUCAGCUCGCUGUCAGGGGGUUGGAACCCGAGCAGAGAUAAUGUUUGAAGUCAUCAGAAGGGAGAAACAAGCACGAAUUGUUCCAGAUCCAGAUAUUGAUACUUUCAUGAAGGCAAUUUCCAUUGAAGGACAAAAGACUACCAUCCAGACUGACUACAUUUUGAAAAUUUUAGGACUCAAUAUAUGUGCUGAGACACUGGUUGGAGAUGCCAUGAGAAGAGGUGUCUCAGGUGGUCAAAAUAAAAGAUUGACUACAGGCGAGAUUAUUAUAGGUCCUACCAGAGCAUUAUUUAUGGAUGAGAUAUCAAAUGGCCUAGAUAGUUCCACUGCAUAUCAAGUUAUUGCUUGUCUGCAACAGUUAGCGCAUGUCACAGAUGCUACUAUACUCGUCGCACUUCUUCAACCAGCACCUGAAAUAUUUGAUCUCUUUGAUGACAUUAUCUUGAUGGCAGAAGGGAAGAUUGUGUAUCAUGGACCCCGUAGUCACGUUGUAGAAUAUUUUGAGGAUUGUGGGUUUAGAUGUCCUGAAAGAAAAGGGGUAGCUGACUUCCUCCAAGAGGUUAUCUCAAGAAAAGAUCAAGCACAGUACUGGCACCAAGCUGAACAGUGUUAUAGUUACAUCUCUGUUGAUAUGUUAUCCAAGAAAUUUAAGGAAUCUACUCAUGGGAAGAAGCUAGAUGAUGAGCUAUCACUGUCAUUUAUGGAGUUCCAUAAGAAUGAAAGUUGUUUUGGCAUGUAUUCACUAUCUAAAUGGGUACUAUUUAGAGCUUGCAUGUCAAGGGAAUGGCUACUCAUGAGGAGAAAUACUUUUGUUUAUGUAUUCAAGUCAAUUCAGCUUGUUAUCACAGCAUCUAUCACAAUGACCAUGUUCUUGAGAAGUGGGGCUGGUAGUAAUGUCACUAAUGCAAACCGUUACUUGGGUGCUUCAUUCUUUUCUAUCUUCGCACUUUUUUUCGAUGGAAAAGCAGAGUUGUCCAUGACUGUUGCAAGACUUCCUAUUUUCUUCAAGCAAAGAGACUUGUACUUCUAUCCAGCCUGGUCAUACGCAAUCUCAUCUACCAUUCUCAAGGUUCCUCUUUCACUGUGGUCAGCUCUAAUUUGGACUUCUUUGACUUACUAUGGCAUAGGAUACAGUCCUGAGCCAGCGAGGUUCUUUGGACAGUUCAUGCUACUUUUUUCUGUGCACUUUGCUGCAACAUCCCUGUUUCGUUUCUUGGGAUCAGUCUCCCGCACCAUGGUUGCUGCUAUAACAAGUACCAGUUUCGCACAACUAUUUCUCUUUUUAUUCGCCGGCUUUAUUAUCCCAGAAACCUCUAUGCCACCUUGGUUGAAGUGGGGUUUGUGGGUUUCCCCCUUGACAUAUGGUGAAGUAGGCCUUUCUGUAAAUGAAUUCCUUGCUCCAAGAUGGCAAACCAAACUGGCGGGAAAUACAACAAUAGGGAAUGAAACACUUGAAAAUCGUGGACUCCGCUUUAGUGGAUACUUCUUCUGGAUAUCACUUGGUGCCUUACUUGGGUUUGCAAUACUUUUCAAUAUUGGGUUUACCCUGGCAUUAACCUUUUUAAACCCGCCUCGGUCUCGGGCCAUUAUUUCCUAUGAAAAGUUCACUCAAAUACACGGAAGUGAAGAUUCCCCCAAUGGUGCCGAAAAUGAACCAAAGUUGAAAAGCUUUCAGAAGAUUACAUCAAAACCUCAUAAAGAUCGAGUGGCUUUACCUUUUGAGCCCCUAACUUUAUCAUUUCAAGAUGUGCAAUACUAUGUUGGACCAUUGAAAAAACUCCAACUUCUUUGUGAUAUUGCUGGUGCAUUAAGGCCUGGUGUUCUUACUGCAUUGAUGGGCGUCACUGGAGCGGGUAAAACAACUCUUCUGGAUGUUCUUGCCGGAAGGAAAACUACUGGUACCAUUGAAGGUGGUAUUAGAAUUGGAGGGCACCCUAUGGUUCAAGACACUUUUGCUAGGAUUUCGGGUUACUGUGAGCAAACAGACAUACAUUCCCCACAAAUUACCAUAGAAGAAUCAUUGGUUUAUUCUGCUUGGCUACGUCUGCAUCCUGAAAUUGAUUCACAAACUAAGCUUGAAUUUGUGAGAGAAGUCCUUGAGAUCAUCGAGCUUGAUGAAAUAAGGAAUUGCUUGGUUGGAAUGCCUGGCAUUAGUGGUUUAUCGACUGAACAACGAAAGAGGCUUACAAUAGCGGUGGAGCUUGUUGCUAACCCCUCUAUUAUCUUCAUGGAUGAACCAACAACUGGAUUGGAUGCAAGAGCAGCUGCUAUUGUUAUGCGAGCCGUGAAGAAUGUGGCUGAUACUGGAAGAACAAUUGUCUGCACUAUUCACCAACCAAGUAUUGACAUAUUUGAACCUUUUGAUGAGUUAAUUCUACUGAAAACUGGCGGGCGUAUUAUCUACUCUGGACCACUAGGUCGACAUUCAAGCAAUGUCAUCAAAUAUUUUGAGGAUAUCUCCGGGGUUCCCACCAUCAGAAAUAAUUGCAAUCCAGCGACAUGGAUGUUAGAGGUCACUUCCCCAUCAGCAGAAGCCGAACUCGGCAUUGAUUUUGCCCAAGCUUACAAGAAUUCCAUCCUGUACAUGAACAAUAAAGCACUUGUAACUUCUCUAAGUAUUCCUCCCGAUUCAAAAGAGUUGCAUUUUGCAACUCGCUUCGCACAAAAUGGUUGGGGACAAUUCAAAUCUUGCCUAUGGAAGCAACACUUGUCUUAUUGGAGAAGUCCUUCUUACAUCUUGAACCGCUACAUGUAUUCGCUAAUUACAUCUCUGCUUUUCGGGAUACUAUUUUGGGAUCAAGGGAGGAAACUAGAUAACCAGCAAAAUCUUUUUAAUGUACUUGGGGCAGCAUUCAGUGUUGUAUUCUCCUUGGGCAUAAAUAACUGUAAGUCAAUUUUACCAUAUGUCUCAACGGAACGAUCUGUUCUUUAUCGGGAAAGGUUUGCAGGAAUGUACGGCUCAUGGGCUUAUGCACUUGCUCAGGUCACAGUUGAGAUUCCCUAUAUCUUGGCCCAAGCAAUUGCCUUUGUGAUAAUCACUUAUCCCAUGAUUGGGUAUUAUUGGUCGAUUUGUAAGGUUUUAUGGUACUUCUACAUCGUAUUGUGUACAUUCAUGUACUUCACUUUCCUCGGAAUGCUGCUUAUUGCAAUGACACCGGAGUUUCAUAUAGCAACAAUUUUACAGUCACCGUUAUUUUCGACUUGUCUCCUCUUCUCUGGAUUUUUUAUUCCUCAACCGCAAAUUCCCAAGUGGUGGAUCUGGAUGUAUUAUCUAGCUCCUACAUCUUGGACGCUGAAGGGGUUGCUUACUUCACAAUAUGGAGAUAUAGAAAAGGAGAUUUUGGUGUUUGGUGAAACUAAAACCGUAUCAGCCGUUUUGAAAGAUUACUUCGGGUAUAAUUAUGAUCAUUUACCCAUGGUGGGCGUUGUUCUCAUUACUUAUCCCAUUGUCUUUGCUUCACUAUUUGCUUAUUGCAUAGGGAAGUUAAACUUUCAGAAGAGAUGAACAGUGUGAAACCAUAGCGUUUGUGCUUAAAAAUGCAUGAAUACAUAUUAAUCACUCCAUGACUUUUAUGUUGAUAUGUUUAAUAAUAAAGUUUAGUGUUAUACUUA